AUUACUCUGAACUUAUAAACGCGAUACUGUGUCCCUCACAGUUGAAAUUGCAUCAACUCGAUAUUAACUCACGCCUUAGGCGCAUUAGAACAUACUGUAUAAGUGGAACCUGUGCCAAAAUGUCAACCCCACAAGAUCUUUCGAUGGGCCUGCCUAUCAUCGACCUCGACAUCUUCCUCAACGGGUCACAGGACGCAGCCGACGUACAAGCAGAAUGCAAGAAAGCCGCACAGGCUCUGAUAACUUAUGGCGCGCUUCUGCUGCACGAUUCGCGCGUGUCCGAGGAAGAUAACAUCACCUUCUUAGACCUGCUAGAGGACUACUUCGCACAGCCCGAGGCCGAGCUCAAGAAAGACGAACGGCCGGAGCUAGGUUACCAGAUUGGCGUCACGCUUGAGAACACCGAAAAGCCAAAGUGUGCGGUGGACGAACCAUGCUUGCGUAUCAUCGAGAAGCUAGACCCUGCUGAACGGCCGCUUGACAUUACAGGGCAUUCGCCCGAUCCCAAGUGUCGUUUCUUCUGGAGGAUGUCUGCUGGCCCACCGCCGUAUGAGACGAAGUUUCCAGCCCUAAAUGCAGAUAAUAUCGUACCUGAGGCACCGCACAUUCGAGAGCAAUGGCCUCAGGUGAUGGAUAAGUGGGGGUCGUCUAUGAAGAACGCAGUCGAAGGGCUUUCUGAAAUGACUGCUGUUGGUCUGGGGCUACCAGCAUCAACAUUUAAGGAGGAAGGCACAUAUGGACCGCAUCUCCUCGCCCCAACAGCAUCUGAUCUAUCCAAGUACGGUAGCAAAGACACCAUCCUUGCUGGCUUCCACACGGACCUUAACUUCCUUACUAUCCACGGCCGCUCCCGCUACCCGGGCCUGCACAUCUGGGCACGCAACACCGGCAAGCGCAUCCCCGUGAAGAUCCCUCCUGGAAACUAUCUGCUCGUGCAGGCUGGCAAGCAGUUAGAGCACAUCACCGGCGGGCUGAUUAAGGCGGGGUUCCACGAGGUGGUUGUGAAUGCGCAGACGAUAGACGUCAUCGAGCGUCGCAAGGUAGAGGUUCCAGAGCGGCCGCUCGUGCGCAUCUCGUCGACAUUCUUUUGGCAUCUGAACUCCGACUUUGACCUGGCUCCGAUCCCUAGCUUAGCGGAGGAGUCGAAGAAGGCGCGGGCAGAACAGUUCAAUUUGGGGAAGGAUGAGGGCGAGGAGGUUGUGUAUCCGGCUAUGAAGGUUGGGCAGCAAGUGCAAAAGGAGUUACAGCAUAUUGAGCUGAUGGUAUGAGCUAAUAUGCUGAUUUGAGGGGUGUUAUCUAAAUGAGAUAUAUUUAGCAGAACACAGCUACUAUUUUGAUAACCAAUGACAGAUAUGACGUUUAGUUUUCGAACUCGAAUAGAUGUAGAUGCUAGUGAGUGAU